GUUAGCACAACGUUAGUCAGCGUUAGCACACCACAGAUUCUUCUCUCGCAGCAUCUCAAUGUGCCAAAUAUGACUGCCAGGAUGAUGGAGUCAUGUCUGGGCAACAAGGCUGAGAAACAGGAGCACAUAGAGGUUGACAAUUUGAAGAGAGAUCUCUCAUCAGAAAGCAGCACCGUGCCAGACUCUCAGAAUUCCAGUAUCGAGGAGAGAGAACACCUUCAGGUGUACCUCCGAAUCCGACCCUUCACCUCAGCAGAGAGCCAUCAUGGAGAGUCGCAGGACUGUGUUGCCUUGGAGCCCCCUGACACGGUGCUGCUGAAGCCUCCCAGUUUGUCCCUCUCAGCGAGGCUUAGCACUGACAAAUCCCUUCCUCAAACUGGACAGCGCUUCCAGUUCUCUCAGGUGUAUGGUCCCGAGACAACACAGAGAGAGCUCUUCCAAGGCACAGUAAAGGAUCUGGUGAAAGACGUGCUCGAAGGCGGGAACUCUCUGGUUUUCACUUAUGGAGUCACCAACGCUGGGAAGACCUUCACAUUUUUAGGUCCAGAUGCUGAUGCUGGUAUCCUGCCCAGGUCUCUUGAUGUAAUUUUCAGCAGUAUCGAUGAACAGGUUUUCACUGGAAUCAGCAUCAAACCUCACCGCUGCCAAGAGUUCACAAGGCUCAGCAGGGAGCAGCAGGCGGAGGAGGCGGCGUUCAAGAGAAACCUCUUCAGACAACUUAAAGAGAGUGAGAAGAGCAAUGCCAGCCUGUUGAACUCGACCAAUAAGACUCUGCUCGAAGGCUCCUCCGUGCUGGGGACAACUGUUGCAGUAGAGGACAAAAUCAGCCUGGAGGUGGAAACACAUACUAAGUUCUCUGUUUGGGUUUCUUUCUGUGAAAUCUACAAUGAGAACAUUCACGACCUCCUGGAGGUGGUACCCAGCGGGCCUUUGAGGAGGACUGCGCUGCGCCUGUCACAGGACGUCAAGGGCAACGCCUUUGUUAAAGAUCUGCGUUGGGUUCAGGUAAAUAGUGCAGAAGAGGCUUACAAGGUGAUGAAGCUGGGCAAGAAGAACCAGAGCUUCUCCUCCACCCGGCUCAACCAGCUCUCCAGCAGGAGUCACAGUAUUUUUUCCAUUCGCAUAUUGAGGAUUGAGGAUAUUGGCAUCCCGAGGGUCCACACAGUCAGCGAGUUGAGUCUGUGUGACCUGGCUGGCUCAGAGCGAUGCGCCAAAACCCAGAAUAAAGGAGAACGUCUGAAAGAAGCCGGAAACAUAAACACCUCACUGCUCAUCUUGGGAAAAUGCAUCAGCGCACUCAGAUACAAUCAGCAGGCCAAGCUGCUUCAGCAUGUUCCCUUCAGGGAAAGCAAGCUGACCCACUACCUGCAGGGCUUUUUCUGUGGUCGAGGUAAAGCCUGUAUGAUCGUCAACAUCAACCAGUGUGCCUCCAUGUACGACGAGACUCUUAACGUCCUCAAGUUCUCUGCUGUGGCACAGAAGGUUGUGGUUCUGUCAACCAAGCCCCUUCCCAUCAUAGCCCAGAGGUCUGCCAGUGAGGUAUCGUUCAUCAUCAACAAUGAGAGGAAGGCUCUUCGGGGCAGCAGGAGGAGCUCCCUGAUUGGCUGGGAUAGUAGCCUGGAGGAUGUACAGGAGGAUGAGGAUGAUGAGUAUGAUGAAGAAAAGAGCCUGAUGGAGAUCACAAUGGAUCCCUCUGGCAAUGAAGAAGAUGGCGAUGAAAAUGAUAAAAUUCUCAUCGGUAAAAGGAUGCACCAGAGGCAGGUGGCACUGCUGAAACAGCUGCAGGUACAGCUGAAGAAGGAGCGAGCGGAGAGCCUGCUCAUGGAGGCGCGGGUUAGAGAUGAAAUCAGCAGAGAGUUCUCGGAGCUCUUCUCUGAGAUGCAAACUGACUAUAAUGAACGCCUGGCGAGGGAGAGAGAGAUCUUGGAGGAGCGAGCAGAAAGGAGGCUGGAGAUCUUCAAGAACCUCAUUGACAAAAUGGCCACCACUGGACCCAGUCCAGAUGCACAGGCCAUGGACAAAUCUCUGGACUCCUACUCCUCUGAAUGGGCAGGCAUAAAGAAGGCCGCCGAGGCUGCUCAUAAAUGUCUGGGUUCAGGCCGGGCAGGCGCUCAGGGAAGAGACGCUGUAGAGGAGCUGGAGAGGAAGGUGUUCAAACUGAAUGAGCACCAGCGGAAAGUCCAAGAGCACCAUGGUGAAGCCAGUGGAGUAGAGAAUGAGGAGAAAAUGAAGCUUCUCUUUCAGCUCCAGGAGAAGUCGUCAGAAGUUGCCCUGCUGGAGCAACAAGUGGGAGACCUGCAGAGGACAGCGGAGCUGGGCUCACAAGGCCACUCCUUGCUGGUUGGGGAGGGCGGUUCAUGUGAGAGAGAGCGGCUGCAGGAGGCGUUGGCUGCCCUUGAGAAGGAGAAGAGAGGCAGAGAAGCCGCCCUUGCUGCUUUGGAGUAUCAGACAAUGGGAAAAGAGGAGGCACUGGCAUCCUUAGAGGAGGAGAGGAAAGCAAGGGAGGAGGCCCUUGCCACACUAGGGGAGCUGAAGAGAAGCAAAGAGGAGGCACUAGCAUCCCUCAAAGAAGAGAGAAAAGGCAACGAGAAAGCCUUGGCAGCCCUAGAAGCUGAGAGGAGAGCCAAGGAGGAUGCCAUUGCAGCCCUUAAAAAAGAGAAGCAAAGCAGAGAAGACAUGCUUGCUGAUCUUGGUGAAGAGAGGCGUGGCAAAGAGGAGGCUCAGUCUGUUCUGCAGGUGGACAGGAAGGAGAUCAGCAGGCUGGUCGAGGAGAGAGAAAAGAGGCAGCAGGAGGGUGACGCACUUCAACAAGAAGUCAGAGAGCUGACUGCCAAACUGGAAGCCACAGAGCACCAGGUAACCACAGAGACGGAGAGAGCUGGACAAGUGUUAGUCGAGCUCCAAACUGCUCAGUCACAACUGGACGAAUACUCGAAGGUGAUCCAGGACAAAACUUCCCAAAUCCACACCCUGACGCAUGAAGUUCAAAGCCUGAAACAGGAAGUGCAUACGUCAGCAGCAUCAUCUGAUGGUGUCGAUGAUCAGCUGAAAGAGGAAGUGUCCGCACUAAGAAAGAAUCUGGCUGAAGAAAAAGAGAAAAAUGAGAGCAUGCACAGACAAAUGCUGGAGCUGGAGCAAGCGCUAGCACAGGCAAAGGAACAGUUAGCACACAAACAGCUCAUUUCUGACCAGCAACUGGAACAGUUUACUGAGAAGCUGAAUGAACAAGAGGAGGCUUCAAAACGGCAAGCUGAAGAGCUGAGAAAGAAGCUUCAGGAGCAAGAAGAGAUAACACAGCAACCACUGGAUGAGCUCAGAUCCAAGCUCGAAUGCCAAGAGCAUGCUUUCAAAGAAGAAUUAGAACAGCUGAGAACAAAACUUGAGGAACAAACGAAGGCCUCGGAAAAGCAGGUAGAGGAGCUCAAUAAGAAGCUGCGUGAACAAGAAUCGAUGUCACAGCAGCAGUUGGAGGAGUUAAAACACAAACUGAGUGAAGAAAAAGCAACCUCCGGCAAACUUUUGGAUAAUCUCAAGCAAAAGCUGAAUGAGCAGGAGCAAUCUGCAGAGCUGCUUAAGGCUGAAAUAGAAGAAGCUAGGCUAAAAGGUUCAAACAGUUCCUCUAGCUCUGCUAAUGAAGAAGAUCUCAAGAGGUUGAACUCCGAUCUCCAGACUGAGGUUGCAUCCCUGAGGGCAAAGGUUUCCAACCUGGAAGAAUCAAAGUCAGAGUCUUCCAGCAAAACUGAAGCUCAGCUAGCCUCUCCAGAGAAGGAGAGAAUGCUGCAGCUAGAGGAGAAGCCAGCAGAGCUGGAGAUAGCAUCUAGAGAGAGAGAGGCAGAGCUGCAAAAAAAGCUGCUGGAAAAGGAAGCACAGGUAGCAUCCCUGCAAAAGAGCCUGCAGAAGGUGCAGGAGCGACGGGAAGAGGAAGAGAGCCAGGCAGUCCAGGAGGCCCGACGCAGGGAGGUUGAAAGGCGAAGGGAGCUGCUGGCUGUGGCGCAUGAAGCCAUCGCCCAGAAGGACGCAGAGCUGGAGAAGAAAGCAGAGGAGAUCAGCAGACUGAAAGAAAAUGCGAAGCAGGACUCGGAGAAAGCCAAGAGCCUAAGCCUCGACCUUCAGAGGAAGGAGGACGACACUUCAGACCUCAGGGAGAAACUAGCAGACUACAAGAAGCAGAUCCAGCAGGUCCAGAAGGAGAUCUCGGCCAUGAGAGAAGAGGAAAAGGUUUUGAGGCAGAAGCUGUCUGACAUGGAGAAAGCCAAGAAGCAGCUUCAGUCUGACCUUGCCAACCGAGACCGAACCAUCCAGCAGCUUAAAGUGGAACAAUCAUCUGACAAGUCUGACCAGACACUCCAGCUCUACCAGAAGGCCUGUAAAGACCUCGAAGCCAAGGAGCGUGUGAUGGAGGACAUGCGUUUGGCUCUGACGGAGCAGGAGGAGACACAAGACCAGAUGGAGACGGUCUUGGAGGAAAAACUUGACCUCAUCCAGGAGCUCUCCAGCGAGGUGGAGAAAUUGAAAGGGAUGUUGUUGCAGCAGGACCAUGGAAACAACACACACUGUCAAGUCAACAGCCAAUCCGACGACCUGAAAGUGGCCGGACAGGAAGUGGCCAAGGCUCAGGAAAGCUUGAAGCUGUCUACAGAGAAACACCAGGCCGAGCGCAAAAAGUGGCUGGAGGAGAAGCUGUCCCUGAUCGGCCAAGCUAAAGAGGCAGAGGACAAGAGGAACCAUGAAAUGAGGAAGUUUGUUGAAGACAGAGAACGGUAUACUCGUCAGCUGAGCCAGUUGGAGUCCAUGUCCUCCCAGCUGGCUGAGAAGGAGCAGACCAUGGAGAAGUGGAGGAAGGAAAGAGACACGCUGGUAGCAGCUUUGGAGGUCCAGCUACAGAAGCUUCUCUCCAGCCAAGCAGAGAAAGACAAACUCAUCCAACAGCUACGCCAAAAUAACACACAGCCACCACAAGAGAGUGGUCAUGGUGGUGUCAGCGUGGCAGAGCUGCAGGCUGCUCUGUCUGAGAGAGAGGCGGAGAUCCUACGUCUGAAGGAGGAGUUCAAGGCCUCAACAGCCAAACAGAAGGACACUGUCACACAGACCAAAGACAUUGAGAGCCCUGCUACACUGGUUGGGAAACCCCAGAUUGAGACCAUUACCAGGAAGUCAGGGGGUGGAAGAGAUAACCGAGUGUCAAUGAGCAGUCAGGGCUCAGCUGGCUAUCCGUCAGUGCUGGACUCCUCAGAGAUUUCCACAGAGAAUGGCAGGACGAGCCGCUUCCCACGGCCAGAGCUGGAGAUCUCCUUCAGCCCUCUGCAGCCAAAUCGGAUGGCUCUGCGACGCCAGGGGGAGGAGAACGCUGUCACCGUCAAAAUCACUCGCUCAGCACGCAAGAGAAAGAGUGGAGAGAUGGAGAAGUCUCAUAUUUUCAGGCGGAGUAAACGACGAACAACACGAGAGGAAGAGGUGGAGGCAGAGAACAGAAGGAACACAAGAACCAAACUGACGCCAAAGCUGACCCCACACCAAGAGGAGAGAUCUUCCCCAGCGGGUCACCAUGACUCCCAGAGCAGCAUCCGCAGCAGAAAGGAAGGAACGCUGCAGAAGAUCGGAGACUUCCUGCAGAGCUCCCCCACGCUGCUUGGCACUAAAGCCAAGAAGAUGAUGAGUCUGGUGAGCGGUCGGGGUGAUGCAGACUCAGCACCCUCCUCUUCCUCCUCUUCAUCCCUCAGUCUGAGAGCCAAGAAGAACAAAAGGAAACUCUAUAGGCCUGAAAUCUCCUCCCCCAUGGACAUGCCCUCACACCCAAUUAUCAGCAGAGAGCCCGAGGAGAAAGACAGUGACCAUCAGAUCAUUAAGAGACGCCUUCGCUCCAGGAUGGCUAAAUAAUUAGCCUUAUAAUGCUUAUAAGCACUAAACCUUUUUCUAGUCCCAGAACAUAGACAUAUGCCCUCUAAAGUAAUCUUAUUUAAUUUGAAAUCAAACUAAAUAUUUAAUUAUUCAAAUAGUUUUUUUACAAAGUCACUUGUAUACUGGUUACGUGACAAGGUGGUAGUUAAAGUAAUACUUCAAGAUUUAGGAUGGUGUGCUUAUUUUCCUUUCUGCUGAGAGUUAGCAUAAAGACUGGAAGCAGGGGGAAUCAGCUUGCCUGUUGUUGUACCUGCCAACACCUCUAAAGCUCACUAACAUGUAUUUUUGUUUCUUUCAUCUACAUGCAAACAGAAAAGUAACAACUGUUUGUGGUUUUAGUGGCACUAUUUCAGUUAACAGUUUAUCCUUCCCUCCAUGUACCUCCAUGCAGCAUCCGAGCCAGGCUAGUGGUUUCCACCUGCUCCCAGUCUUAAUGCACAGACAUGAGUGGUAUCACUCUUAUCAUCAAAGUCUCAGCAAUAGAGCAGAUCAGCAUGUUUUCCAAAAUAUUGAAAUAAUACAUAAUUUAAUUUAAUUAACGUUUGGCAGGUAAAAAGUAUUGAUUUCUCUUUUCUGUUUCUUCAGUGAUGCUAUUUUGUCCACAUUUACCAUCAAAUAGCUCCAUAGUCACUGCAUAUAUAUAGAAAUAGUAAGCACACUUUGUAUAUCUUUUUAGUACAGUUUAUAGUCAACAUAUGUUGUGUUUUUUUAUGUGCAAUUUUUUAUUGAAUUUUCUGGGCUGUGCUGGAGUUGUUUUUGUUUUUUAGAUAAUGAGUACACUCCAACAAACAUUUAGUUCUUUUUCAAAACUCUGCAUUGUUAUCCUGUUUUUGAAAGUCAGAUGCAACAGAAACAUCUUUUCUUCUCUUCUACUGAACCGCCAAUUUACUGGUUUGUUUUCUGGAAGUGAUCUCAAAGCUGCUAAUCGAGCAUUGAAAAUGUCUCACAUUGUUUUAAGCAACUCCUUUUUCGACACUACGUGUGAUACUGUUCAGAUAAGUCAGAUAUACUCGUACUCUUACUGCACUUUAUCUCUUUACUCAAACAAAUUUAAGAAAAGGAACAACACGCUAGAUAAUGCAGACUAAUAUGACCAAUGGUUCUACUGUCUACCUGUGUUCAGUGUUUUAUCUGACUGCUGAAAGAAAUGCCUUUAGGACUGGUGGAUGCUGAGCUCUCUAUAGGUCAUUAUAUUGUGUUCUAGAUGGAGUAUUUUUCUUUUGUACACUCUAAUUUUGUUAAAGCUGUCUGAGUUUAAAAAAAAAGUUUGUAUCAUUCCUGAUUUUUCUUUUCUGAAAUUGUAUAUUUACUGAAUAUAUUCACUCUUUUUGUAAAACCUAUUACCCACUUUUCUGUCAUACAUCACGUUUAUUCUCCUUUUUCAUACCUGUUAGGUUGUAUCAGUUACCAAUUAAAAAUACA